GAGAUGAGAAAUCACACAGCAGUGACCACAUUCAUCCUCCUGGGAUUAACAGAUGACCCAGAACUACAGGUUCUGGUGUUUGUGUUUAUGCUUAUUGCCUAUUUGCUGAGUGUAACUGGAAACCUGACCAUCAUUCUGCUCACAUUGUUGGAUCCUCGCCUGAAAACCGCCAUGUACUUUUUCCUUCAGAAUUUUUCCUUCUUAGAAAUCUCUUUCACUUCUGCCUGCAUUCCUAAAUACUUGUACAGUCUGUCAACAGGUGACAGGACCAUUACUUAUAAUGCUUGUAUAUGCCAGUUAUUUUUUAUAUAUUUUUUUGGGAUAACUCAGUUUUUCCUCUUGGCCGCCAUGUCAUUUGAUCGUUAUGUCGCCAUCUGUAAACCCCUGCAUUAUGUGACCAUCAUGAACCACAAGGUGUGCAAAAGGCUUGUCUUCUGCUGUUGGACAACUACCUUCCUCAUCCUAUUUCCUCCACUUAUGGUACUAACAGGCUUCUCAUUCUGUGAUUCUGAUGCUAUUGAUCAUUUUGCCUGUGAUGCUAACCCAAUCCUAAAGAUUUCAUGCUCAGAUACUUGGCUCUUAGAGCAGCUGAUUAUUUUCUUUUCUGUGUUGAUCUUCAUCAUGACUCUCGUGUGUGUGGUUCUGUCCUACCUGUAUAUCAUCAGAACAAUUCUGAGAUUCCCCUCUGCUCAGCAAAGGACAAAAGCCUUUUCCACCUGCUCUUCGCACAUUAUUGUGGUAUCCAUUUCCUACGGCAGCUGCAUCUUUGUUUAUAUCAAGCCCUCAGCAAAAGAUGAAAUGUCCAUUAAUAAGGGGGUUACUAUAUUAACCACUUCCAUCUCCCCCAUGCUAAAUCCAUUUAUUUAUACGCUGAGAAACAAACAAGUGAUAGAAGCCUUCAGUGACUUAAUGAGAAAAUUAUGCUUCUCUCAAGGAGGUAGAGGAAUAACGAAAUAG